GAGGAUUGGAUUUAAUGUUGAAAAAUGGCUCCAUAUUGAAUUAGGUUUAAGUGAGAAAAUGAUCUUAGAAGAGAAAUGAGAAUGAAUCUGGACCGUUAGAUUUUAUUCUGUGAAAUUGUAUGUGCAUUAAGCAAAGCUGAAAUGUACAUUAGGCGAAAUCAAAAUGUGCAUCACAAAAGGUAAGGCCAGUGGUAUCAUGUGAAGCUGAGUUGUGCAUUAGGGAAAACAGAAAUGUACACUGGGUGAAACUGAAAACUACGAUGCACGGAUAUUUUUGUGUCAUUUACCCUGCACAUUUCAAUCUCAUGUAAUGCACAUUUGAUUUUUAAAUUUCAUUUUGCACAUUUCAUUUUCACUUCAUAUACAUUUCAAUUUUAUCAAAUGCAUAAUUUAAUUUCACAUAAUACAAUCCCACGGUCCAAAUUCAUUCUCAUUUAUCUUCUAGUAGUCGUUUCUCACUGGAACCACUCCCCAAAUUAUUUUCCUUAUAUAUAUAAAUAGUUGGUAUUAUUAAAAAUCAUUUCCAAAGAAUGUAUUAUUAUUGGUUUAUAUAAGUGAUGGUUUGUAUUAUUUAAAAUUAUUUUUCAAUUACUAAGAAACUUUCAAUUGAGCGUUUUAACAUGUAAGUUAAAGGCACACGUGACAUUUUUCAAUUUUUUUUCUCUUUCUGUUUCUCCCCCUCUUUCUUUCAUUCUUUCCCUUUCUCCUUCGUUUCUUCCCACGCCUGCAUGAUACUUUCUUUUUUUUCUUUCUAGCUUUCUUCCUUCGGCUCCUGUUCUCUGACGAGUUCUUCUGUAGCCUUGCAGCAAUGCAAUGUCGGUGACAGAAAUGGAAAUAAAAACACCUCCUAGCAUAUAGUCUUCUCUUUUGAGCAAGGCACCUGCAACAGGAAAAGGGAGUCAAUCCAAUCUUGUCUCUGCGAGUGUUAAUUUACUGAUAACAAAACGUAGACAUAGUUGAUAAAAAAAAAGUAGGUCAUACAAAACAUGAUCUAGAUGAAAUAUUACGCAGAUCUAUUUAUCAAGAACAAAACAAAAUAUGGACAUAAUAAAUCAUAUACCUAAAAAAUCCUGAUUUUUACAUGCAAGAAAAAAAAUAUGGGAUGGGAUCAUGGGAUUUUAAGAAAACUCCUUAGAGGCUCAGAUAUGUUGUUACAGAGGAAAUGGGAAGCCGACACCGCCAUGGCUGCAACAUCCGGGGCCAUUCCCGGGUUGCCCCGCCAAGAUACAGAUUGGGUCCUCCGAAUGCCUCAAAAUUAGUAGCCCAGAAAGAAAAGGAAAAUAGAAAACUAUAUCAUCACAGCCCACGUAAUAUACGUAAUAACAACAGCUUAAGAUGCGAACAGAAAGAUCGAUGAAAGAUAGCAGGCAGAGCUUCUCUCAUCGACAACCUCAACUCCUCAAGUACCGUUGAUACAGAAAAUCGUUGCUUUCUUGUGAAUUUAUUUAUUUAUUUAUUUAUUAUUAUUAUUAUUAUUAUUUCCAUCAUUUGCAAUGGAACCAAAAACUCUAUUUUUUGACUUGGAAAUAUGAUGGAAUAAAAGAAACUGGCUCACUAAAUUGUCUGCGCUUUUUUUUUAUGAAGCAUCAGUCAGUCCAUGCAAUUUUCAACAUGAUUUCCACUAUGGGUGAACCGCAUACAGUCUUUUUUUGUGCUUCAGUAUAGGGGUAAUAAUGCGUACAUCCGACCCCCUACCCACCGUCGGUGGGAGCCUUUGCAGCACUGGGGUAAUGAUAAUGAUGAAUGAUUCUUAUUAUUAUUAUUACUUCCGCUUUCUUGCAAGGAAGAAAGAUGAAAGGGUUGUUUGAGAAGGGGCACGGAGGAAUCAUAAGCAGAUGAGAGGGAGGCAACUGCCCUUUCAACAUACUCCCAUCCCUCUCCCCGCCUCAGUCCUUUGGGGGCUACAGUUCUGCAAUAAAUUUAAAAUUUCACCCCAUUAAUAUACCAGAGUAGUUUUGUUUAGAUCACUUCGAGAGUUGUGUCUACCUGUAUUUUUUUAGGGUCAAAUAAGCCCUAUAGAUCGUGUUUGGGAGUUCAAAAAAUCGGGUUUGUCAACACAGAACCCAAUGUCCAAGAACAAACCAAGUAUACAGGGUUUGUCAAACGACAUCACUGUCUUAUAUAUGCAUUUUCCAUUUCCCAUGUAUGCAUACGUUACAUACAUACAUAGAUACCUACAUGCAUGCAUGCAUAAUACAUGCUGUGUAGAUAUUCUCUACAACUCUACAAGAAUACAAAGGGUUGUUGGUUACUUUUUUUUAAAGGUGGAGGAACCGAGGAAGUCAUUGACUACAGGCUACAGCAGAGGGAGGGCAACCACCCAGAGAAAACCCAAACUCACCUCUGGUGUCUCAUCCUUUCCUAUUGUUGAAAAAUGAAAAUUCCUUUUUAAGAGCUGUUCUUCCUGAACUCUUUUGCGGAGGCUCAGAUUUGUGUCUGCGGGAGGUAAUGAGAAGACCGAUCCGCCAUGGCUGCAAUAAGCUGGCCAAUCCAGAAUUGCUCUGCCAAGAUACGGAUUUGAUCCACAAAAUACCCCAAAAAUUUAGUUGCAUAAAACAAUCAUCACAGCCUCUUCUGACAUAUAUACAUACAUGAUUACUGCACAUCUAUUCUCCGAGAGAAUAAGGAGUGUUGUUGAUUACUUGUUUUUGAAAUUGGAGGAAAUCAUUGGCAACGGCAUAGGGAGGGCAACCACCCAAAAAAACUCACCUCUGGCGCCUUAUCCUUUUCUAAUGAGGGGGUGUUUGAAUCAACUUCUUAAAACAGCUUCUACUCCUUCAAAUAGGAGAAGCAUAUAUUGGAGUGUUCGAAAUUGCUCUUAGAAACAGUAGAAGCAGAAUCAAUUCCAAAGAGCACCUCUGAGAUGUACAACAUUGUUGGAGAUUCUUUUAAAAGGGCUAUUCAUCAUCAACUUCUUUCUGGAGGCUCAGAUUUGUUUCACCAGGAGGCAAUGAGAACUGAGAAGACUGAUCCGCCAUGGCUGUAAUAACCCGGCCGUUCUAGAAAUACCCUGCCAAGAUACGGAUUGGAUCCACAAAUGCCCCAAAAAUUAGUAGAGCAUCAAAUAAUCAUCACAGCCCCAAAACAUUAGCUAAUCGACAUUUUCACAUAGUACAGGGGACUAUUUGACAGUUUUCCCGUGAUUUUUCAAGGGUAAUACUUUAAAGCCAGUUUCAUAGGAGUAACUCUUCUAUUUAGGCUCAGAUCUGUGUUUCCAGAAGGCAAUGGGAAGACCCAACCGCCAUAGCUGCAUAACUGGAGCUUCCCAGAUUGCCUUGCCAAGAUACGGACUGGAUCCUCAAAAUGCCAGAUAAUUUAGUCGCAUGAAUCGUCACUGCCUUUGCAUACACAUACACACACUCAUACUGUGUACAUAUACUCUCCGAUAGAGUAAUUAUUCAUGUGAGGAUUAUUCUCAGCUAAAAGAACACCAAAGAACACCUUAAAAACUCACUCACUGUCUAACAGUUCAUAUAGAGGCCUCAUCAUCCAAAAUAUCAGACCAAUCCUAAGAAUAGAACUUGUAAGGGUAGUGGAACCUUAAAUAAAUAAAUAAAUAAAUAAAUAAUCUGCAAGCUAUCAACUCAUAAGAUGAUAAGAAUUUCCAGGGAGAAAAUCAAAGCAGUUUCGAUUACCCGAACGAAGGUUCAGAAAAGCCAGCAGUUAUCAGGCAGGCAAAUUUACGAUUCCGCCAUGGCUGCAAACAUCUGGUGCUCAUGAGAGUGAUAAGACUCAUGAACUAUGAGUGUUGCCCCACCAAGAUACGGAUCAUAUCACAUCAAUGCCGAGAAUGAACAAGGAAAGGCUAAAUAUCAUCACCACCCAGUUAUGCAUGCAUGUAUUAGAGAGAUCCUACAUUUAGCUUGCCUUCAUGCAAGCAUGCAUGUUACACAAAUAUUCUCUUCGAGAAUACAUAGGGUUGUUGGUUACUUAUUUUUAAAGGUGGAGGAAAUCAUUGGCUACAGCAGAGGGAGGGCAACCAACCAGAAAAAACCCAAUCUCACCUUUGGUGCCUCAUCAUUUCCUAUUGAGAUGUAACAACAUUGUUGAAGAUUCUUUUUUAAGAGUUGUUCUUCCUGAACUCAUUUGCGGAGGCUCAGAUUUGUGUCUCCGGGAGGCAAUGAAAAGACCGAUCCGCCAUGGCUGCAAUAGCUGGCCAUUCCAGAAUUGCCCUGCCAAGAUACGGAUUGGAUCCACAAAGUACCCGAAAAUUUAGUUGCAUAAAACAAUCAUCACAGCCUCUUCUCUCAUAUAUACAUACAUAACUACUCCAUUUACAAUGAAGCCAAAGACUGGAAAAUAUUUGGAUUUAGUUAAGUAUCAUCAGUAAUUACCUUUUCCACCCUGUUUGGCUGGAGAGGUUUGGAAGGUCAGGCUUUGGAGGACAGUUUAUAUCUUGAUUAAGAGAACGUUUCUAAGAACGAUCAAAUGAUCACCGAAAUACGGAGUAUUAUUUUAUCUUUGAUUAUGAUAUUACUUCAACUUUUAAAAAAUCUCAAUUAAUUAUCAAGAUAUAUUCUUAGCCCUCCAAAACCAUACAAAAUCAACUCCCAAACUUACCCUUGAUAUAUAUACACACACAUACAUACAUUCAUGCACACAUAUUGCACAUAUUCUCUGAGAGAAUGAGGGUUGUUGGUCACAUAUUCUUCAAAGGUGAAUGAAAUCAUUGGCUAUAGCAGAGGGAGUCGCAACCACCCAGAUAGAAAACCCAAACUCAACUCUGGUGCCUCAUUCUUUUCUUAUGAGUUUUCACACAUUGUUGAUGACUCUUAUUAAAAGGUAAUUCUUCAGAGCCAGUUUGGUAAGGAUAACUUUUCUGUUGAGGCUCAGAUCUGUGUCUCAAGCAGGCAAUGAGAAGACAAAGCCGCCAUGGCUGCAAGAACUGGACUACUCCAGAUUGCCCUGCCAAGAUACGGGAUGGAUCCUCAAAAUGCCCCAAAACAUAGAAACAUGGUAUCAUCACAGCCUCUUCUUACAUACAUACAUAUAUAAAUACACACUGUCUACAUAUACACUCCGAGUAAGGAUGUUUUUACUUGGACUGUUUUCAGUCCCAGACCAGAUUAGACCAGACUCAAACAGACCAAACUUUUAACAGACCAGGACCAUAUUUAAACAGAACAUACCAGACCAAGAUCAUACUAGACCAACAAAUUACAGUCCAAGUAAAAACAUCCUAAGUAACAACAACAGUUGCUCAAUUUUUCUCUAAAACUUGAUAAAAAUUAUUGGCUCAGCAGAGCAAGGGCAAUUAGCAUAUUAGAAGAAUCCAUAUACUUACCUUAGAAGACUGAAGACAACCUAUCUUUUUGAAUGAGCUUAUCACAAUUGUUGAUGGCCAAAUUCUCUAGAUGUCAUUGAUUAUGAAACUAUAGGCUAAAUUACGACAUCUGUAAAAAAAAUUAGAGUCUACUAGACAAGUUGGUAAAGAACUCCAGCGAAAUAUGAGAUAUUCUAAACAGGGGCCCAUUUGUUAAGCUACUUAGUCCAAACUCGCUCCCCCACCCAAAUAUAUUUUUUGUACGGGAUAUCUAAAUGGUUUUAGAACACAGAGAGCUCAUGAGAAAAUAUGAGAGCGGGCUUCUCCCUGGAUAGUUGCCACCCUCUGCUAGUCAUUGAUUCAUCCAUAUUCCAAAAGAAUAACCAACAAUCCCCUUUAACAGUAUUGGACUGGUUAAAAUAUGGUUAAAAGAAAUCCACAUUUGGACUCGAGCCCUACUCUAAUUAGACUAUCCACUCGUCUUUCACAUCCCAUCCAAGCAUAUAAUUUCCUAUAUCACAGUCCUUGAGGGUGGUUGAGAUUCUCACUGAUCACAGUUAAUGGGGGGAGGGGAAUCAUUAGCUAAAAGAACACCAUAGAGAGCGAGCAACAGCCCUUCGAAACACAUUUACCUCUCUAUGAGUUUAGGUACAGCCUCAUUACACCAAUCAAAGGAUGAAUACAUGAAAUUGGUACCCUUGUCUCAUGGCAUACAUGUUCUAACAGGAAAAAAAAUGAAAACAUCAAUCUCCAUGCAGGCCCUAUUUCUCAUUUCAUGGCAUGUUGGCAGCUAAGGGCAAAGUAGCCCUUCUGGUAUAAGUCUUGUUUGGCCAACAGCAGUAGUAGCUUGACAUCAAUAAUGGUAGAAAAGUAGAAAUUUUCAUCAAAAUUAGUACUGUAAUAUAUUCAGAAUCAUCCCUUAAACCGUAAAACGUGUUAGCCUGAAUUGAAAAAAAAGUACUCCAUACUCAUACAUUUCCGACAGGAACUAGAUGGGAUAAUACGCAGAUCUGUUUAUUAAGGACGAAAUAAAAUAUGAACAUAAUAAAUCAUAUAUGCAAGAAGAAAAAACUUUUUAUGGGAUGGAAUUUUAAGAAUAGUCCUUAGAGGCUCAGAUCUGUUUUUCCAGAGGAAAUUGGAAGCUGACACCGCCAUGGCUGCAACAUCCGGGGCCAUUCCCGGGUUGCCCCGCCAAGAUACGGAUCGGGUCCUCCAAAUGCCUCAAUAUUAGUAGCCCAGAAAGAAAUGGAAAAACAGAAAACUAUAUCAUCACAGCCUCUUCAAAGUUCUUAACGAUAUAUACUAUACUCUGUGAUAACAGCAGUUUGUUUGUUUAUAAUUAUUACUACUUCCGCUUUGUUUCUUGCGAUGAAGAAAGGCGAAAGGGAUGUUUGAGAAGGGGCAUGGAGGAAUCAUAGGCAGAGAGGGAGGCAACCGCCCUUUCAACAUACUCCCGUCCCUCUCACCGCCUCAGUCCUUUCUGA